UCCUGCACAUCAGUGAUGCCUCUCCUCCAUCAGCUUCACAUUGUUUAUGUCCUGGACAGUCUGGAUCUUCCAAACUGUGACUGCACCUGAAGCCUGACAUAGAUAAACUCUGUCUGUGUAAUCAAAGUGAAAACCAGGAACUUCUCAAUCAGCAGAACUAAUCAGGUUUUCCAUGACUGCAGAGCCUCUGUCUCUCUCUCAAAAUGAACGCGACUCUUGGCAGCUGUACGGCAGAGAUGCCAUAUGGAUACCAACCCCGUCUGAAAGGGCUUUACAUCGCCACUGAGCUCAUUAUCGCAGUGCUGGCCAUCAUAGGCAACUUCCUGGUUUGUCUGGCUGUCACACGCAACAAGAAACUUCGCACUGUCACCAACUACUUCCUGGUAUCACUGGCAGUGGCGGACAUCCUGGUGGGCUUGGUGGGCAUCCCCUGUGCGGUGCUGACAGACCUGGGUCGACCUCGCCAUAACCUGCCUCUUUGCCUGGUGCUGCUCAGCAUCCUGAUGGUGCUCACACAGAGCUCCAUCCUGAGUCUGUUAGCUAUAGCAGCGGAGCGUUACAUGGCCAUCCUUCUACCCUUCCAGUAUCAGCGCAUCAUGAGCCCCAGGAACGCCAAGCUGGCCCUGCUGGUCACCUGGGGCCUGGGAGCCAUCUCCGGCUCUGUGCCACUCAUGGACUGGAAAAGACAACCGCCAGACUCUGACUACUGCAUCUUCACCUGUGUGGUGGACAUGAGCUACAUGGUCUACUUCAACUUCUUCUGCUGCCUCCUGGUGCCACUGGUGGCCAUGUUCAUCAUCUACGGUCACAUCUUCCUCACCGUCCGCAGUCAGCUGAGACGCAUUGCUGUGGCCAGGGGAACCAGAGAGGAUACAAGAGCUGCUGGUAGUGGGAGCACUGGGACUGAGGACACAAGGAGUUCUGCUGCUGCUGGGGGUACCACAGGAGGUAAUGCUGGGGUGGAAGUGGAGUCCGGCAUCAGGUCUCUUAUUGAAACUGAGACAACUGCCGUCUUCACACAGCCGUGGUUCAGGAUCUCCUCAGCUGUGUCCAACAACUCCGGCUCUGCUCCUGCUGACCCCCGUCCAGGAGAUUCCAAUGACACCAAAUCCAAUGCCCGCACCCGUCAGGAGAUCCGUAAGGCCACCUCUCUCUUCCUGGUCCUGUUUCUCUUCAUGAUGUGCUGGAUGCCCAUCCACCUCAUUAAUUGCGUCCUGCUGCUCUGUCCCCAGUGCGAGGUUCCCAUGUCUCUCACUCUCGGAGCAAUUUUGCUCUCCCACGCCAACUCAGCCCUCAACCCGAUCCUGUACGCGUACAGGAUGAGGUCAUUCAGACACACUCUGAUGGGAAUGUGGACAGGACUGUGGAACGUUAAGCCAAAACACACUCAGUGUUGA